AUGUCGAUCACAAAGAACGUUAAGCUCGAGAACCCGUAUGUGCCCGCCGCAUAUCACCUAAGCGUAACGGUGGACCUCUCCACGUGGAGCUACAAAGCCACAGAGACGGUGCACUUGCAGCGCUGUGCUGUCUGCCGAGACGGCGAUACAAUUCAGUUGCACGCUGCGCCUUCCAUCGAGGUUACCUCGGUGAAAGGUGCCACACUGGUGCGGCGCGAUGAGACGGCGCACACACUCGUGCUGAAGCUGGAUGCGGAGACGAUAGCGCUGGCGGACCCGACACUGCACUUUGAGUUCAAACAUGCCAUCAACAAGGAGAUGCGCGGCUUCUAUCAGGUGUGCUUCAAGCAUGACGGAAAGGAGCACCGCAUGGCUUCCACGCACUUUGAACCCGUUUCAGCGCGACUCUUCUAUGUCUGCCAUGAUGAGCCAGCGCAGCGCGCGGAUUUCACGCUGACUGUUACGCUGCCUAAGUCGGAGGAACACUACAUUGUCCUCUCCAACGGCCCUCGGAUAUCGAAGGAAAUGAGGGGGGACACCGUGGUGCACACCUUCCAGACCGUGCCCAAGUGUCCGCCCUACCUGACAGCCUGCGUCGUCGGCGAGCUGGAGCACAUUAGCACCGUUGUCAAUGGCAUCCCGGUCAGUGUGUACGCAACGCUGGGCAAGGCGGGACGCGCCCAGUUCGCUCUCGAUACCACCGCGUUCGCUCUCCAGUACUUUGAGAAGUUUUUCCAGUGUAGGUAUCCAUUGCCAAAGCUGGAUCUUGUUGCCAUUCCCGACUUCCCGAUCGGUGGGAUGGAGAAUUGGGGCUGCAUCACGUGCGCAGAGUCGAUACUGGUGGACUCGAAGCAGUCGAGCGUGGACGCGAAGCGCGGCGCAUCGAACCUAUUGUGCCAUGAGGUGUCGCACAACUGGUUUGGUAACCUUGUCGCCAUCAACUGGUGGGAAGGCCUGUGGCUUAAGGAGGGUUUUGCGUCGUGGUGCGGGUACUACGCUACGCAUGUGCGCGCACCGCAGUGGAACGCGCUGGACGCUGCUGCACUGCAGGUGGUGUGGGCACUGAAGGACGACAUGUGCGAGCACAGUCACCCCGUUGAAGUGCUCAUCCGCGACCCCGCCGAUAUAACCCAGAUCUUCGACAGUAUCAGCUACAAUAAGGGCAUGGGCCUGGUUUUCAUGUUGCAGGCCUUCCUGGGCGAUAAGUGGGCACCUGCCGUGGCACAUUACAUCAAUAAGCACCAGUUCAGGGAUACUAAGACGGUGCAGCUCUGGGAGGCGCUUGAGGAGUCGUCGAAACUGCCUAUCACCGAGGCCCUCACCAGCUUCACCACGCAGAUGGGCUACCCAAUGAUCCACGUGACAAGACAGAGCGAAAGCGCCAUCGUGGUGGGGCAGGAGCCGUGCCGCUUUGUCACGGCGUCGGAGAAGAGCAAGCAGACGUGGUGCGUGCCGCUUGUCGUGGAGGGCAUCGACGCUGCCGCCGGGCGUGCAACGACAAUGCUGCGCGGCGACAAAGCCUUGGAGGUGACCCUGCCGGUCGGCAUCGUGAGCGGUGCCUUUGUCAACAUCAACCCGCACCGCACCGGUUUCUACCGCUGCCGCUAUGACAACUCCACCUUCGACGCGUGGCUGGCUAACUACGACCUGCUCUCCCCUGCCGAUCGCCGCUCCCUCUUUUCCGACACGUUUGCUGCAAUUCGUAUGGGCUACGAUGACGUUCCGCGGCUGGCGAGGAUCGCUACCACUGUUGCAGCGCACGAACAGGACAUCUACGUGCUGCGCGAGUAUGUACAGACCAUGAGUGCCUUCCUCCGCUCUUUCGACGACGUUACACUGACAAAGAGCCUGAGCAGGGAGCUGCUUGGCUUCCUCGUCCCAGCUUCGGAGACUUUCAUCGAAUUUAUCCCACAGGACGACACCGCGUCACUACGCCGCAACUUUUACCUUGACGCCGGCAUCUCCACCCUGUUGAACAGCUGGGAGUUAGCCGAGGUCGCCGCGCACCCGCUGAUCCUGUGGGCGCAGCAGCAGGCACGGAGCUUCCUCUCUGGGGCAGAGUUCAACGCUGGAACGCUCACCGCCUGCCUACGCGCCUGGGUCCGCAUGGCGAGCGCCGCUGAGCUCCCAGCGCGCAAUGAGCAACUGUACGCGAAACUGCAGGAGGUCGACGGCAACGACGAGCUAUGCCGUUCGCUGGUCGUGGCAAUGACAAGCGGCUCCUCAGUUGACUUUGCGCUGGGCCUCAUGAAAAGGUGCAUCGAGAACGACGGCGUUCGCAGCCAGUACGGCGCGCACGUCUUCAGCAGCCUCGCGGCGAAUCCGGCCUUCUCUGGCGCGGAGGUAUGGAAGACCUUUCAGAGCCACUUCGACGCUGUGGACGCACAGUGGGGUGGUGGCCAGUUCCGCAUUCAGGGGAUUGUGACUUGCCUAGGCGAGGCACUCUUCGGCGAGGCUGCAGCGGAUGAGUUUGAGGCCUUCUUCGAGACACAUCCGCUUCCUAAUGCCCGCCUCGCCAUCGGCCGCGCCACGGAGGACCUGCGCAACCGCGCAUGGCUCAAUAAGAAAUGGAAGGCUUCACUGACUCAGACGUUCUGUCGCACCUAA